GAACCAAUGGUGCGAGAAAUUUCUUUACCAAAAAAUGCUAUAGAUCCGCCACCAAGCAUUGCUAAUGAGUAUACAAGUAUCAUGUUCUCCGGUGGCCGGACUACCCAGCCACGGUCAGGAAACUUACCGCCUCCGGCAAUGAUUCAACCACCUCUUCAACAAGGCGGUUAUGACAAGAAUAUUACUAACGCGUUCACCACCCAUGUAAAGCAGCCGCCUGUGCAGACAGUUACACUAAAAACUGUCUCAGAGGCUAGAUCAUUCUUGAACAUGAGAGUUGGUGGAGGUUCACUAGCUAUGGAUGUGCUACCACAAGUUUUCCCAACCUCGUUGCCACCGAUGCUUAAACAGUCUGGUGCAUGCAAACCACCAGGGGGCAGGAAGAGGUGCAUGGAAGCCUACCACCUGACAAGUUGAAGAUGAAGAGUCAGGCUGGGGGGCAAGUUGAUGUCAAGAAAGGUGAACAAAAUGGUGUUUCCAACAGAACACCAUAUUUGUUUCAUAAGGAUGGCAUGGGCGGCAUAUCUCCAUCUCCAUGCAGUGGGCAGGGGGGCAUGUCAUCAGACAUGAAGGAUGGAGUGAGUGGCAAGUCUAAGUGGGUGUUGCCUACCCAUGCCAGCUAUAAUUUUCAUAACUUUGACAAUGUGUCAAAGAGUGCACAAGGAGGCAAGGCCCCUUGUAGCAUGCCACCCAUGAAGGGUCGACAAGGGGGCAUAUCAUCAACCACAAACAAUAGAAAGAUACACAUGCC